GAGCCAGUGCUUUUCAGUGGUACUGUCAGAUCCAACUUGGAUCCAUUUAACCAGUAUUCAGAGGAGCAAAUCUGGGAUGCCCUGGAGAGGACACACAUGAAAGAAUGUGUGUCUCAGCUGCCUUUAAAGCUGGAGUCCGAAGUGGUGGAAAACGGGGAGAAUUUCUCCGUGGGUGAGAGGCAGCUGCUCUGUGUGGCCCGAGUUCUUCUGAGGCAGUGCAAGAUCUUGAUCCUGGAUGAGGCCACAGCGGCUAUGGACACAGAGACCGACUGUCUGAUUCAGGAGACGAUUCGGAAUGCGUUCCAGGACUGCACCACACUGACCAUUGCACAUAGAUUGCACACGGUGCUCAGCUGUGACCGUAUCAUGGUGCUCAAUCAGGGCCAGGUACAGUAUAGCAGUCUGAUUACUAGUUUUGAUGAACUAUUUUAGAGUGUGUGGUGGUAGGGUCAGAAACUAACUUUUCCAUUAAGGGGCAAUAUUGCCCCCUGGAAUUGAUUUCCAGGGCUUUUUUU